AUGUGCAUCUUAGCGAACAAGACGUUUGUUGGUUCUCAACUGCGCCAUGGCCAUCCAAUGUCUGCAAGCGACCCGCGCGUAGAAACAGUGUUUAUCGGAUGGCGACACGUCGCGUCGAAGCCUGAAGGACCCAUGGUGAAGUUGAAAGCUGGAGGGUGGUGUCCAUUCGUUUUGCGGACGGAGAUACGUCGUCUUGGGGUCUGGAUGGGUUCAGGGUGUUGUGGGAUGGUCGAUGAAAACUCAAGGAGCAUCUCGGGCGAUGUCAAGGCGAUUCGUGCGUGGAUGAAGGCACGUGCAAUUACGCACUGGGAAAGUACAAACGAUGACCAGAGGAUCCUCAUCUUCGCCGACGGCGCAGCGCCUAAUAAUGGACAACCUGAUGUACGCGCGGCUGCGGCGUUGUGGCUAACCCAAGAGGUACGUCCAAAUGUAAGCUCGACGACGCGAAUAUUGAACGUUAAAAAAUGUCCAUUUGUUGUUGAUAAAAAUGGGAAUUGGGUGUUUCCAAAGCAAAUGGUAUUGCUACGGAUGGAUGUUGCAUUGGUUGAGUGUGAUUCCGAGGUCGUCGAGGAGAAUCACUAUGCAAAUCACGAACUGUUGGUAAGCGAUUCAUGUGGCGAGCGUCUGAAUUUCAGAACAGAAAUCACAUUUAAUAGUAUCAAGUUACACGCCGUUGAAGCUGGAAUCAAACUUGAUUGGAAAAAGGAGGGUAUAGAGACGAUCGUCAUCGCAACUGACUCGGAUGUAUAUAAGGGUAUGGCGAAAUCGGAGUGGUCGGUGGGUCGUACAGAGGGCAAAGUGUGGGUGACCACGGUGAAGCAAGUGUGGGCGACGACGAUGCAGUGGGCAGUGGUGGGCCGUUGGUACAUGGGGGGCGUUAGUAUAUCUCCCCCUCGUCGACUACAGUUGCAUGAGCAAUGUCCAAAUCAAUGGUUUGAGAGUGAUUUCUUGCGUGCGGUGUUGAGGAGUAUGAAUGGUGAAGUUGCGCGUGCAUGGGGUGGAGAUGGAUCAUGGGUCGACUCAUCCCAACGGUCGGUAGUGACAUGUCGUGGAUUGGUCACGGACUAUGGUGUCGCUCCAUGGUCAGGUCACAUCACUGAAGUAAAGCACGUCGAUGUAAGUAAUGUGGGUGGUAAGCGCAUCGGGGCCCAUAACCUGUAG